AUGUUAGAAGCAUUAUCAAAGAUGGUACAGCAGGACCCUCCUGCUACUGCUGCUGCUUCCAAGCUGGCUGCCACUGUUGAGCAUGCCAAACGGAUAUUAAUUGCCCUGUUUGGAGAAAACCAGAACUGUGUGAAUGAUUGUUCCCCUCACAGUGCAAUCACGUCUUGGACCCUGUGUGAAUCUGCUGGUGGAUUCUUCUCAGCAAGUUGGAGAAAUCAGGCUACAAGAAAAGAGCUUCAUGAUAUAAACAUGACAGUGUGGAUUAUUUUUCUAAUCAGCACAAGGCUUGUCAUCGAUGUUACAGCUUCCAAUAUUCAGAACUUAUUGGGUGUGUUGAAGAAACGGCAAACGUUAGAACAACUUUAUUCAGAAAACAAGAAAGGUAUGAAUCCUUACUAUAAUCUUGAACAGACACAACCUCCAUUCCAUGAGGUAUCGCCAAAUCCUUCUGAAGUAGUAUUUUAUCGUGAGUAUGCUGAUAACCAACGAAGUUACCUUCACCCUUACACAGAUGGAGUAUCUUAUCCUGAGAAUGAUAAACUAAAGGAAUACCAUGCUUCUCCUGAAGUUACAAAACCUCUUAACCGCAUGGUGGAACCUCUUCCUGAUCCCAAGGUCAUCAACACUGCUGGUCCUUCAUUAAAUCUCACCAGUAAUGAUGAAAUAGAGCAACAGUAUUAUUCUGAGGUUCUAGCACAGCCUUCUACUGAGAUGACACAUUCACCUUAUCCUGAUGAUGUAUCUCUAACAAAUGGUGAAGUGGCACCACCACUGAAUUCCAAAAUGACACUCUUACCAACUCCUGAUGUAUCUCCACCUUCACCUCCUGAAAUGAAAUCAGUGCCUGUUCCUGAAGUACUACCACCAUCUUCACCCAAAGCGGCAGCUCAACCUUAUGGUUCACCUCAAAUGGCACCUCAUUCAGUGCCUGUUGCAAUACUUCCAAAUUCAUCUGAAGUGGCACCACCUCAAUCACCUGAAGGGGCACCAUCCCAAUCACCUGGAUUGGCACUGCCAGUUUCACAUGAAUUGGCAUUGCCAGCUUUGCAUGAAGAUGCACCACCACAAUCACCUGGAUUUGCACUUUCACCCAUUAUGGCUUUACCACAAACACAAGACAUGGCAGUGUCAGCUUCACCUGAUGUGGCUUCACCACAAUCACCUGAAUUGACACCAUCCUCACCGGAAUUGGCAUCUUCAUCAUCUGAAUUGGCAUUGCCAUCUUCAUCUAAAUUGGCAGCAACUUCACUCGAGGUUGCAUCACCUCAAUCACCUGAAAUGGCACUACCAUCUUUACCUGAUGUAACAUUACCACGUUCACCUGAAGUGGUACCUUCAUCUUCAUCUGAGAAGACAACACCAAAGGCACCCAACACUGCACUGCCAUCUUCACCUGAAUUGGCACCACCACGACCACCUGAACUAACACCAAGCUCACCAGAAUUGGCAUCACUGUCUUCAGCUGAUGUGGCACCACAAAGAUCAUCAGAACUGGUAACACUAUCUUCACCUGAACUGGCACCACUACAAUCACCUGAUGUGGCACCACCACGAUCACCUGAACUGGUACAGCGACCUUCAUUUGAUGUGGCACCACCACUUUCACCUGUUGUGGCACAAUCUUCACCAGAUGUGGCACCACCUCGUUCACCUGAUGUGGCACCACCACCUCGAUCACCUGAUGCAGCACUACCACAAUCACCUGAUGUGGCACCACAACCUUCACCUGAUGUAGCACCACAACCUUCACCUAAUGUAGCACCACCUCGUUCACCCGAUAUAGCACCACCACCAUCACCUGAUGUGGCACCACCACAAUCACCUGAUGUGGCAUCACCACAAUCACCUGAUGUGGCAUCACCUCGUUCACCUGAUGUAGCACCACAACCUUCACCUAAUGUAGCACCACCUCGUUCACCCGAUAUAGCACCACCACCUUCACCUGAUGUGGCACCACCACAAUCACCUGAUGUGGCAUCACCUCCACCACAACCUUCACCUGAUGUAGCACCACCACCUUCACCUGAUGUGGCAUCACCUCAUUCACCUGAUGUGGCACCACCACCUUCACCUGAUGUGGCAUCACCUCAUUCACCUGAUGUAGCAGCAUCUCAAUCACCUGAUGUGGCAUCACCUCAUUCACCUGAUGUGGCACCACCACCUUCACCUGAUGUGGCAUCACCUCAUUCACCUGAUGUGGCACCACCUCCUUCACCUGAUGUGGCAUCACCUCAUUCACCUGAUGUGGCACCACCACCUUCACCUGAUGUGGCAUCACCUCAUUCACCUGAUGUGGCAUCACCUCAUUCACCUGAUGUAGCAGCAUCUCAAUCACUUGAUGUGGCACCACCUCGUUCACCUGAUGUGGCAUCACCUCGUUCACCUGAUGUGGCACCACAACCUUCACCCGAUGUAGCAGCAUCUCAAUCACCUGAUGUGGCACCACCUCGUUCACCUGAUGCAGCACCACCACCUUCACCUAAUGUAGCAUCACCACCUUCACCUGAUGUAGCAUCACCUCGUUCACCUGAUGUAGCAGCACCUCAAUCACCUGAUGUGGCACCACCUCGUUCACCUGAUGUAGCACCACCACCUUCACCUGGUGUGGCACCACUACCUUCAACUGAUGUGGCAUCACCUCGCUCACCUGAUGCAGCACCACCACAAUCACCUGAUGUGGCACCACCUCGAUCACCUGAUGUGGCACCACCUCAAUCACUUGAUGUGGCAGCACCAUGGUCACCUGAUGUGGCACCACCACUUUCACCUGAUGUAGCAUCACCUCGAUCUCCUGAAUUGGCAGUUCCAUCUUCAUUUGAUGUAGGACCACCUCAAUCACCUGAUGUGGGACCACGUCAAUCACCUGAUGUAGCACCACCACCUUCACCUGGUGUGGCACCACUACCUUCAACUGAUAUUGCACCACCUCGAUCACCUGGUGUGGCACCAGAAUCUUCAUCUGAUGUGACACCACUGCAAUCACAUGAACUGGCACCAUCUCUUUCAUCUGAUGUGGCAUCACGAUCACCCAAUGUGGCAGCACCAGGAUCACCAAAUGUGGCACCACCACCUUCACCUGAGGUGGCACCACAACUUUCACCUGAUGUGACACCACCACGAUCACCUGAGGUGGCACCACUACCUUCACCUGAUGUGGCACCACCACGAUCACCUGAGGUGGCACCACCACCUUCACCUGAUGUGGCACCACCACUUUCACCUGGUGUGGCAUCACAAUCUUCACCUGAUGUGGCACCACUACAAUCACCUGGAUUGGCACUACCAUCUUCACCUGAUGUGGCACCACCACGAUCACCUGAGGUGGCACCACCACCUUCACCUGAUGUGGCAUCACCACGAUCACCUGAGGUGGCACCACAACCUUCACCUGAUGUGGCACCACUACAAUCACCUGGAUUGGCACCACCAUCUUCAUCAGAUGUGGCACCACCGCAAUCAACCAAUGUGGCACCACCUCAAUCACCUGAACUGGCACCAUCACCUUCACCUGAUGUGGCACCACAACCUUCACCUGAACUGGCACCACCACCUUCAUCUGAGGUGGCAGCACCACGAUCACCUGAAUUCAAACCACCAUCUUCCCCUGAUGUGGCACCACCACGAGCACCUGAAUUAGCACCACCACAAUCACCUGAACUAGCAUUGGCAUCUUCACCUGAUGUGACACCACCACAUUCACCUGAUAUGGCAGCACCACGAUCACCUGAAUUAGCAUCACAGCAAUCACCUGAAUUCAAUAUACUAUCUUCACCUGCAGUGGCAGCACCACGGCCACCUGAAUUGGCAUCACCACAAUCACCUGAUGAGGCAGUGCCACGAGCACCUGAUGUGGCAGCACCACAAUUACCUGAGUUAGCAUUACCACAAUCACCUCAAUUUAUGCUGCCAGCUUCACCUGACAUGGCACCACCACGAUUACCUGAACUGGCAUCACCACAAUCACCCGAAAUGGCACCACCAUCUUCACCUGAUGUGCCAUCACCACAACCACUUAAUGUGGCACUACCAAGAUCACCUGAACUGGCUCCUCCUUCACAUGAAAGGGCACUAGCACAAUCACCUGAAAUAGUAUUAGUACCUUCACCUGAACUGACACCUCCAUCUUCACCUGACAUGGCAGCCCCUCGAUCACCAGAACUGGGACCAUCACCUUCCCCUGAUGUGGCACCUUCUUCACUUGAAGUUGCACCACCACAGUCAUCUGAAUUGGCACUACUGCAAUCAGCUGAAGUAGCAUCAUCACAAAUACCUGAAUCAGCACCAUCCUCUUUACCUGUUAUAGUCGCCCCACAUUCCCCUGAAUUAGUAUCAUCAUUGUCAUCACCUGAAAUGGUAUCACUAUCUUCACCUAAUGUGGCAUUACCACAGUCAUCUGAAUUGGCAUUAUCUUCUUCACCUGAAGUGAUGCCACCAUUGUCACCUGAAUUAGCAGCACCAACUUUUCCUAUUAUCGCAGCACUACAAUCACCUGACAUGGUACUAGGUCUUUCACCUGAAUUGGCACCUCAGUUUUCUGCUGAGAUAGCAAAACCAUGGUCAACUGAAUGGGGACCAUCAUCUUCACUUGAUGUGGCUCCACAACAAUCACCUGAAUUGGCUUCACAGUCUUCACCUGAAGUUGCACCAUUCCAAUCACCUAAAGUAGCAACAUUGUUUUCACCUGAAUUGAUGCCACCAAGAGCACCUGAAUUCAAAUCACUAUCUUCACUUGAAGUGGCAGGACCAAGAUCACCUGAUGUGGCACCACUUGCACGAACAGUAUCUUCACCAUUUUCAACUGAGAUGGCACAAUCAUCAUCACCUGAAGUGGCAUCACUAUUUUCACCUGAAGCAGCAUCAGUAUCUUCAUUUGACAUGGCGUCACCAUUUCCACUGGAAGUGAUAUCACCAUUUUCACCUGAAUUUGCACCGCCAUUUUCAUCUGAAUUGGUACCUCGAUCUUCACCUGAAGUGGAAUUACUGCAAUUACCUGGAUUGGCAUCUUCAUUAUCAGCUGAUGGGGUAAUUCUGCCAAUCUCUGAUAUGGUGUCAUCUCUUGACUUGGCACUUCCACCUCCACCUGACAAGACAUCUUCAUUAUCACCUGAAUUAACACGUAUUCCAUCCCAUCUGCCUUCACAUGAUCGAGCUCCUCCAUCCUCAUUUGAUAUGGCCUCUCUGUCCUCACCUGGCAUGAUAUCUUCAUUUUCCCCUUACUCACAUGAUAUGAGUUCCCCAUCACUUGUCAUGAGAUCCCCAUCAUCACCUGAAGUAGCCCAUCCAAGUUAUCCUGAAACGGUAUUGAUGCAUUCUCCUGAAAUGAGGACUCCUGCUUAUCUUGAAGUAGCACGUAAGCCUUUUCCUAAAGCAGCUUCUUCAGCAUUUCCUCAAAUGAUGUCCCCACAUCAUCCUGAGCUGAAGUCUCUACCUUAUGAAAAAAUGGUAUCCCAACCUAAGCCUGAAAUAACAUCUCCAACUUAUCUUAAACUAAAAACUUCAUCAUAUCCUAAAGUAAUAGCUUCACCGUAUGCUAAAGUGAAGUCCUCAGCUCAUCCUAAACAGCUACCUCUAACCUAUCCUGAAGUGGGACAUUCUAAUUAUCAAGGAGUGAUGUCACCACCUAAUCCAGAAAUGGCAUUUCAUCCUUAUCCUGAAGUUAUAACCUCAUCACAUCUUGAAACACCAUCCCAACUUCAUUCUGAAAGGGGAUCUCUGUCUUCUUCUAAAAAGGUACAACCAUCUCAUCCCAAAAUGAGACCUUUGCUUGAACCGUCCCGGUACCUUAGUUUAGACCCUCACCCUUAUACUGGAAUGGAAUCUUUCCAUAAUCCUAGAAUGAAAUCAUCACCUUACCCUGAAGUUGGAGCUCAUUCUGCAGCAAAUCCUGAAGAACCACUUUCUGUUUUACAAAGAGAAGUAACUUCGUCAGGACUUGCAACGCUACUGCAUCGUAAAAAGUCUUAUCCACAACAUUCUGCUGAGAAGCAAAAAUUGGAUGAAUCUCACCCUUAUGUUGAGAUAAAGCCUGAAGCAUCCGUUCAGAACUCUAAACAUUCCUGCCGCCCUGGGUGGACUUAUCACAAAUACAGAUCAUCCUGCUAUCAAUUUUUCCCUAAGUUGAAAAAAACCUGGAUAGAAGCCGAGCUGCUAUGCCAACAAUACGGGCCACGUGGUCACCUUGCCUCCAUUCACGGGAAUGAAUACAACCAGUUUAUUCAAAAUCUAAUUAAGACUAAGGACCAAACACAACCUGAAACCUGGAUUGGUCUCAGUGACUGCUAUCAGGAGGGUCUUUUCAUGUGGAGUGAUGGGUCGCUAUCAGAUUUCACACAAUGGAAGGAAGGCCAGCCUGACAAUUUGGAAGAAAAUGAGGACUGUGUGCACAUCAAUUCUAAAGGCCUUGGAGGUAAAUGGAGUGAUAAAAGCUGUACGGAAGAACUACCUUUUGUUUGUAGUUACAAGCUUAUCUAAAGUCAGAAACAUGUGAUAAUACUUUGUGCACCCUUCUGAACAUGGAUUCAUCGCAUUGCAUUGAAUUGUCUUGAAGUGGUAAUGUUGUUGUAUUUGUGCUGAUUGUAA